UUUCCCAUAAACUCACCCCUGCUGGCCAGCUGGCUUUCUCUGAGACUGGUGCUCCGGCUGUUCUGCUGAAUAACCACCUGGUAAUUAGCUCCACGAUUUUGCUACGAUGCUUAUAAUCGCCUCCAUUAAAGUUAUGGGAUUUUCAGGCCGUAAUGGCUUCCAGAGUAAUUAAUGCACAACUGGGUUUAUUGCUAAGUUUAUUUUUAGAGUUUCCCUCCCUCAUCCCCCCUCCCUUUCCUUGCAUAGAUGUCUUCACCAGAACAGCCCCCUGCAUCCUUGCCUCCCCCUGUCUCCCUCCCCCCUUCUGGAAGGUGCUGGGACAGCAGCAGGGGCGGCUUUCCUAGGGGAGGGUGGCUCUGUGCCAGGGCUCAACCCAUCUACGCCUGAUCAGGUUUGGGGGUUCAGGGGCCUGGACGCUGCCUCCCCCAUGCCCCUGGUUACAGGAGACCGAAGGGCCUGGGUUUACGUCUGCCUGCACCAUGUCCUGGCGUUGGCCUUGGGCAAGCCACUGGGGCAUUUCCCACGUGAAAUAGCGGUAAGGACAGCGCGGAGCACCCGGGGUUGUUGUGAUGCUGAACAUGAACUGCCCAGCGUCACCUUCGGACACCAUAGGUGCUAUCUCACAGCUGUUGUUACUAACAACAGCCCAGCAGACGAGCGGGAGGUUGAGCGAGUGCCAGAGGUAGAGGCGUGGAAUGAAGAGGCUGCCCAGAGGAAGUGUGCCGGGCGGCGAUGUGUGUGCCACAGAAGCUGGGCGUGCACGCCGAAUUCGCCGAAUUGCACACAGCUCGCCUUGCCUGGCUUUCUCCACCCAGAACUUAGGGCCCUCCCCAAGAUAAAGGGCAUUUGAAAAAGCUCCAUUGGAGCCACGGAGGACCCAGAGUCAAUCUCCCAGCCAGGCCUUUUAGAAACUCCCUUGCCGUCCAUCAAAUGGCCUGAGCUCAGCCAGCCAAACGGAGACCUUGAUCAGCCCAUUCAGUGGUCUUGGAGUUGGGGACUGGGGCUAGGGGUGUGGCAUAAGUUCACUCCACUUCAUUACACCCCAGGGCUGCCUCCUUUAUCCAGGCUCUGAAGAAACCAUCCGGGCCCAAACAUGUGGCCAGCACCGUUGCAGAUUCAGUAUAUACACGCCAAGCGCUGUCCUCAGGGCUCUAGGGGCGCUGACUUGUUUAAUUCUCAGAACCACCUUGUAAAGCACGUGCUGAUGGUACCCAUUUCACAGAUGAGAAAACUGUGGCACGGACUGUUGCCAUGACUUGGCAAAGGAACAACAGCUUGUUGGUGGCAGAGUUCAGUGUUUAAACAAAUGCAGGUGUGCCUGAGGUCUGUGCCCUUAACCUCUGCUCCCUGCUGAGCAGCCGGGAGAAGGCAGUCCGGGCUCCAAGCGGCAAGCCAGGGCCGGGCCUGGCCCUCCUGGAUGCCGUCCCCGCCCAGGUCUCUGGCCAUCCUCUUCUGCUCUCUCUUGCAGGUAUGCACUUGGCAGGGUUCCUGACUGUGCCCUGAGCCGCCACCCCUUCUGAAACUCUGGCCGAGCUGGACUCUGCAAACCUGCUUUCGCAAUGGGUAAUGAGGAGCUGUGGGCCCAGCCAGCCUUGGAGAUGCCGAAGAGACGGGACAUCCUUGCCAUCAUCCUCAUCGUGCUGCCCUGGACGCUGCUCGUCACCGUGUGGCACCAGAGCACCAUCGCGCCCCUGCUCACCGCGCGUAAUGAGGAGCUGUGGGCCCAGCCAGCCUUGGAGAUGCCGAAGAGACGGGACAUCCUUGCCAUCAUCCUCAUCGUGCUGCCCUGGACGCUGCUCGUCACCGUGUGGCACCAGAGCACCAUCGCGCCCCUGCUCACCCCGUCGGCGCUCUGGGGCCUGACUCUGCGUCCCCUGCAGAUGCGCAGCACCAGGAGGGUGUCCGUGUGGCCCGUGGCCUUCGUCGGGGGCCUGCGGUACGAGGCCCCGCGGGUCAACGCGGCAGGGAAGGUGGUCGGCUGGAAGACAGUGUUCGACCCCCACCGGCCCUUUGCCAUAGACAUGGCUGGGUUCGCGGUCAACCUGCGGCUCAUCCUGCAGCGCAGCCAGGCCUACUUCAAGCUUCGCGGCGUGAAGGGGGGCUACCAGGAGAGCAGCCUCCUCCGGGAGCUGGUCACCCUCAGCGACCUGGAGCCCAAGGCUGCCAACUGCACCAAGAUCCUGGUCUGGCACACGCGGACGGAGAAGCCCGUGCUGGUGAACGAGGGCAAAAAGGGCUUCACAGACCCCACGGUGGAGAUCUGAGCCCCGGGACGCAGGAGCCUCUUCUCACACCCUGAUCCUGCCUUCCAUCCUCUCCCCGUGGCUGACGGUCCUCCAAGGCAAACUCCAAACGAAUGGCCAUCAGCCUCCUUUCUAUCCUGGGGCUUCAGAGAGCCCAGCCUGAGGCCAGGACAAAGGACGGAGAGCCUAAAGCACAGAAAUCCCGGACGUGUCGUUCUCUUCCACCAAGCGUGGCAGGGCCCCGCUGCCAGCCCGGCCCCCGCCCUCCUCUCUGGAGGUUCCCGCACCCCAGGCCCGAGUGAUACCGGACAGCGGGGCGUCGGAAAAGACUCGGCGGUCACGUGGAGGUGGCCCUCCUGGCUCCCUGCUCCUGGGUCCAGCACGGCCACCCCGGCCAGCCGGCCAGAGGAUUCUGAACACCAGACAGCAGGCCCUGCCUGGGCACCAGGAGCACCCGCCCCUCCUCAGAGAGUUGCUCCCAAGUACACGUGUCUCUGUGGCUGUUCGAUAGUCCCUGUCUCCAGAGCAUAAGUCCAUCUUUGAUCCCAGCAGCGGUCAGCCCUGCAGGAGGGAGCAGGCCUAACCCCCAGACUCCCCCAUACCCCGGGCUGUGGUGGGAGAGGAGCUCCUUCCUCCCCCCAGGCCCCUCAACCCUGCAGCACAGAGAAGCAGAUGGGCCUCAAGCCAGCACAGGCCACGGGUUGGCCUGGACCACGACCACAUGGGCCCGUCCCCCACGCUGCCACCCCCACGCCCACUGGGCGCCAGGGACCUUUGCCUGGGCCAGGACGGGGAGGGCAGGAGCCCUCUUCCUGAAGCCCUUGAGAGCCACAGACCUCAGGGGCAGGAGAGGUGGGGGCAAUUCCAAGCCUCCUUCCUGCCCCUGGUUUGGGGGCAGGAGGGGGACUGCGUUAGCAGAGAUAUUUCUGGGCAAGAGACCGAGAUCAUUUGGACACAGAGGGGAAAGGAUACCCGAGCACACACGACGUUGGAAAUAACUCUAUUUUAAAUACAACGUGGGAAAGAAAAAUCUCCCUUCUCCCCAGGUGGGGAGCCUGCAGAGCGAGCCGCCCGAGAACAGUGCAUGCGCUGGCAGCUCCCUCCGCCAGGGGGCGUGUGUGUCCGGCUCUCCCGCCGCCGGACAGGCCCCUGGCUUUCUGGCUGGGGACAGCGCCCUCUGGUGGUGGUCCCACUCCUCAUGCUCCUGAAAGUCGGAAGCACAAUUUUCCUAUUGCGUGGAGGGAAAAGGAAAGGCUUGAGCCUAUGGAAGGGGUGUUUAUUUUUUAACCGCUAACACUUCAUUUAAAUUCACAGGACCAGUCUGAGGACCACAAAGAACCCACUCCUGGAGGAGGGGGUCAUGGGGGGGAGGGGGGGUAUUGGACUUAGUCCAGCAACCUAAACAUUCAAAAAAAAAAUAGCAUCGGUUGCUUGUUUUGAAACAGACGCAAUUUUCCACGUAGUCAUGAGCCCACCCAAUGGGAUCUUAUCCCUGGGAACCCCGAGCCACCUUGUAGGGCAUCCCCCCAACUUCUUACAUAUUCAAUAGUUGCUUUGGAAAUCAAGCUCUCGGCAUCAUGUGGCGUGGGAGAGAAGGGACGAGGUGGGCACAGGUGGCCAUCAAAUGCGAGAAUCCAGGCCCAGGCAUUCCACUGCCUCCCCAGCCCUGUGCUCAGGUGAGCUUGGCUGGUCUACGGCUACCUUCUCAGCCAAAAACAAAACAAACAAA